GCCUCGGGGGUCAGAUAAGCCGAAGGAAAAGCAGGGUAGCUGGAAGGACCGAGAAUAGGUGGAGCUUCACACACACACACACACACACACACACACACACACACGAAAGGAGCCAGAGAGAGGACCCAGACCUGGGGGCAGCAUCUACAGGCCGAGAGGGGCUCCCAGAGGGUCCUGGGACCGAACACUACUGACCAUGCUGCCCUGCCUCCCCCUGCUUCUCCUGAUGGGGCUGCCUGCAUGCACCGGGACAGUUGACGAGAAACUGGCACUCGGAGCUGAAGCAGGGUCCUGGGUAACCGUGACCCUGGAGGAGGACGGUGUCGUCCCCCACAUUCAGCUCACGCUUCAGGAGGUGAAAAGAGGCAAAACGAGCCAGUUCUUUGGGCUGAUGGGGAAGCGGGUGGAAGGAAUACCUCCUAUCCAGCCAGAGAGAAGAACAGCUCCACCCCCAGGGCACCCACCAGCAGGCACAAAGAGCGUGGGGCCUCCUGGGCAGGGCAGGACCCUCUAGAGAAGAACCCUUCCCAGGCAGAGAGGACAAGGACCACGGGUCAGAGUGAGAGCGCCCACCGCACACGUCCCAGGGGCCGAAACCCCGUCUCCUUACCUGGACGUUCCAGCUGACAGCGGCCAGGCCAACGCGCUUCUCCGUGCGUGUCCCAGCCAGCUCACUGAACUCACUGCGGUUCCUUCCAGGACUCUUCAUUGUUAGGCAAUGGUGACGCAUAAAGGCACUGUUGUCUCAGUCGUGAGCUGGGGCUGACCCUGCCCUCCCUCGGCUCUCAGCCCCCAUCUGGCGACUAAGCAAGGGCCGAGUGCUACCUGCUUCCACGUCUCCUGUGCCUGGAACACAGUAGGGGCUCAAUAAACGGACAAACAGUG